GCUUCUCUCAUGUUUAUCUCCGCUGGAGCCUGGCUGUUCCGCUAUGAAGACGCGUUUAAUCCUCUCUAAGAAAACAACCACGUCUGUAAAGGUACUGGCAUAACAAAUAGCAUGCAAAUACGCGCAACCCGUCCGUAUGUCACAUUAAAAGACUGCCAUAUAAUUGAAAGGCUUCAGUUUGAUCGGAUUCAUUCAUUUGGUCCUCCUGAAUCGGACAAGUGUUCCUUCAGUUUAUUAACUUCAGAGGAUCAGCUUUGAAGGCACACAGUUAAAUCAGUGUUCAUGCCGGACUUUGAGCAUUUUAGAUUUUCUCAUACCAGAAUGAAUCCUGUAUUAGGGGAGAACGUGUAUUCGUUCCAACAGAACCAGGUGACGGGCUUCGCGGACUCCGCGUCAUCGGGCCACUGGACCGAUCCAGCGGGCCUUUUCUUGAGCGAACACACGGGUGGCUUCGGGCAAGAUGGGUUUGACCUGGGCGCUUUACCCCCUCCCGGGACACCGUAUCUACACCUGGGUAACUAUCUUCACCGGGUGUCUCCACCUGCUCCUGCCGCGACGGCCCUGCGUAACGACCUGGGAUCCAACAUCAGCGUCCUUAAAACUCUAAAUUUGCGUUUCCGCUGCUUUUUAGCCAAAGUGCAUGAACUGGAACGUCGGAAUAAUGUGUUAGAAAAGCAACUGCAACAGGCUUUGGAUGACAAUGCAGAGUGUGUAGAAAAUAGAAAGCCUUUAACGCGAGAUGUUGGGGUUCAAACCGGCUUCGUUGGAUUGAUUCCUGUUAGGCCAGACCUGAUACCCAUUCAGAACGCGAACGACACCGCAUAUCUGUCCGGAACAUUGUUGUCACCUGCUUUCAAUAACACCACCCUCCCUUUCGAGUCCAAUAACAGGACAACAGUUGAAAACUUGAACCCAUCCAAUCUGACAGACUCUAAUUUCAAUCUCACCCCAAAUUUCCCCAUCAGCCCGAUUGAUCCUGCUCCAAAAAUCACCAGCAAUGUUAACGGGAAAUAUGUCAGUACCGGGAUUGGUUGUACCAGCAAUCUUCCACCCAGAUUUCACCCUGGCUCUGUCUGGUCUUAUAAUCCGAGGUUCAGCACCGGGCGUGAGUCGCGGUUCUCGGGUACAGGUGUGUCGUCAUGGGUGCCUCCAGACGGGGUGGGUGUCCAGAUCGACACCAUCACCCCAGAGAUUCGGGCACUGUAUAAUGUGCUCGCCAAGGUAAAGAGAGAGAGAGACGAAUACAAAAGGAGAUGGGAAGAGGAAUACGCAAUGCGGAUGGAUCUUGAGGAAAAAGUUGCUGAGCUUGAAGAAGACCUGCAGGAGAGCGAGGUGUGCCAGGAUGAACUUGCUCUGAGGGUUAAGCAGCUUAAAGCGGAGCUGGUUCUGUUCAAAGGCCUCAUGAGCAAUAAUCACUCAGAUUUGGACAGUAAGAUCCAGGAGAAGGCCAUGAAAGUGGACAUGGAUAUCUGUCGCAGGAUUGACAUCACGGCUCGUCUGUGUGAUGUAGCGCAGCAGAGAAAUUGUGAAGACAUGAUUCAGAUCUUCCAGCAAGUAGCCACACCUCCGUCAACCUUGACUCGCCGUCCUCGAAAACCAGCGUCACAGACAAUCAGAGGGAACGAGAGUGAUGAACCAGUAAGCAUCUCUGAAAGUGAGGAAAGCGGGAAUAAGGAGGUGGAUCUGUGUUGCUCAUCAGCCAAUCAGAUCAAUGAGGAGAUGCAGAGGAUGCUCAGUCAAUUACGCGAAUGCGAGUUUGAGGAUGACUGCGACAGUCUUGCAUGGGAAGAGACGGAGGAAACUCUGUUACUCUGGGAAGAUUUCCCAGGAUACACCUUCAGUGUUGAAAACCAAGGAGAGCAAGACGAGUCCAUAGAGAAGGUGAUAAAGGACACAGAGUGCCUUUUCAAGUCCCGCGAGAAGGAUUAUCAAGAUACCAUUGACCAAAUUGAGUUGGAAUUGGCAACUGCUAAGUCUGAUAUGAACAGGCAUUUGCAUGAGUAUAUGGAGAUGUGCAGCAUGAAAAGAGGGCUGGAUGUUCAAAUGGAGACCUGCAGACGACUAAUCACUCAGACAGGAGACAGUAAAUCCCCUCUUCUUGUUCCGGCUGCUGUGGAGGAGGGAGAGAAUGCAGAGAAGGAGAGGAAAAAAGCAACUGCGGCAAAUCCUGACAGCGCUGAACCGUGUUGUGACAUGCAGUCAAACUCUUCUGUCCCGGACCACACAUGGAAGAAGGCUUGAUAGCCUAUAAGCCCCUCCAGCACCUCAGUAAUAGCUGCAAUUAUAAACAUAUCGUUUCAUAAUAGAGACUGUGAUGCUGCAGCAAGACUCACAGUAAAUGGGUUAGUUACCUUCUGAAAGGCAAGUAACCUUGUGUGGUUUCACUAGUGCCCUCUAUUGGAAUACACAGUUAAUGGCCCUAAAAAAACCCGUCUGUUGUGCAAUUUCAGUAUGAAGUACCAUAUAAAAUUCUGGCCAAAAACAUAACACUCUUUCUUGAUGACAUCAUUUUAUUUACAGUUUUUUUUGUGUGUGCAGAUUAUUCCUGCUGUGUAGUACCUUUUUUGUCAUUUAAAAAAGUUUUGGUUAUACUUAGGCACUAUUAUUU